CAACUAUUUGGGUUCGGCCGCACAGUCGCUACUGAGAAUUUGAGAGACGACGCCGAGUCGCCGACACAAGUUCACAACUCUCUCUCUCUCUCUCUCUCUCUCUCUCUCUCUCCCCCCCGGUGAAAUCGACAACCGUUGAAGCCUUCACCCUGCCGCCAUCGACCAUCGCUGCCGCCUGCCGCCGUAGACUGUCGUCAUCAUCUCCGACGACCUGAUUUCAUCUCCGGAUCCAGUCCACCAUAGUUACAGAAAACUACAGAGACAUGGGCAAGAAAGGAUCCACUGCAAUUUCUGGACCUCAAAUGUCAGUCACAAUCAGAGAAGCUUCAACAGGGAAGAAACACACAAACGCUAAAUCUUCAUUAAAACUACAACAUAUAAAAAAUCUUGCAAUGUGGGCCACUCAUGAUGCAUCUAUACCUUCAUUGGGUGCCUUUUUUGGUCAUCAUUUUGCAGCUUCUUCUGAGGCUUUGGCAACACCAGUUGAUCCAUCCUUGUUUACUUGUCAAAGAUGUGAAACUAUACUUCAUCCUGGCUACAAUUGUACAAUCCGAAUUGAAAAAAACAAGCAAAAAGCUCAACACAAAGUAAAAAAAGACUCUGAUCCAGCAAUUCCAACAUUGACAUUGUUGGAGUCCAAGAAGAAGAGGAACAGGUCAGGGGAUAAGAAGAAAGUGGCAUAUGAUUCAAAUGAAGAAAAAUCAGUGAAUGCAUCUACUAAUAGAAAAAGAAGAAAAUCUUGGACUAGUUUGAAGGAGAUUGCUGAAAGUAAUGACAAUGAUAAUCGCCUCAAGUUGAUGAACAUAACAAUCCCAUUUUCAAUGGAGUAA